GCAUCAUUAUUUUAUAUAUAUAUAUAUAUAUGCCAUUUAUUUUCAUUAUCUUUAAAGGAAUUCUGUAGAAGCAGCCUUUAUUUUCAGACUCUGCAGGCCUGCUGGGAGGAAACAUAUUACAAUAAACAGAAGAAGCUCAUGGUCCACUAUCUGCUGCUCCAGAGUCAAGGCCAGGUCCCGCCCCAUGUCACCACAGAGCACAUGAGCAACUGGCUGGUGUCUCAGGGCAAAAAAUCCCUUAGGGAGAGGGUGUGGAAGGAAACCCUGGAGGAGGGAAACGACCUCGCUCGGCUGGCCUGGGAAGUAAACACUUGCCUAAAAAUGAUGGACUUAGAGCAUGAGGCUUUCUGCAAGCUCCGCCGCUCCAUGCACCCCACCUCGCCUGCUGACAUAGAUCCUAAGGUCCACAGCAUCGUGGAGAGAGCUGUGAGAAGCAUUCUGGGCAAGCAGUCCAAUGAGCCCCGUAGCCCCCUGCUCAGCCCAUCUCAGGUGGUGGUGGAGGUGGUGCCCAGGCUCCUCCUGGCCCUGUGGCUGCAGCCAGAGGAAGGCCAUUCAGAGCACCCAAUCCUUAUAAGUGGGAUGGCCGUGGGCAUGGUGGCGGCCGUAGUGGAGAAGCUCUCCUGCAUGUUAAAGGACCCUUCCCCUCACAUCCCUUUCUCCCGGGCUGCUGCUUUUGACUCUGUGUGGUCGAUUCUCAGGAGAAUCAGUCAGUCCUUCUCCACCGAUGACCUGCAGAGCCCUUUUUAUAUGAGCUCUGUUUGUGCCUUUGUGGCGGAUGAGGUGCAGAGCUGCUUCCAGCCCCCUGCAGCCACCCUACCAGUCCCCCCUGUCCUCGCGGUGGCUGUUUCCACCACACUACCAGCUGGCAUCCAAGCAGAUCCGGCUUCUUCCCACCUGGAGGAUGUAGACAUCACCCCUAACACAGAGGCAGACCCGGGUUCUUCCAACCUGAAUGUUGUGGACAUCAACUCUAACACAGAGGCAGACCCGGCUUCUUCCCACCUUAAUGUUGUGGACAUCAACUCUAACACAGAGGCAGACCCGGCUUCUUCCAACCUGAAUGUUGUGGACAUCAACUCUAACACAGAGGCAGACCCGGCUUCUUCCCACCUUAAUGUUGUGGACAUCAACUCUAACACAGAGGCAGACCCGGCUUCUUCCAACCUGAAUGUUGUGGACAUCAACUCUAACACAGAGGCAGACCCGGCUUCUUCCCACCUUAAUGUUGUGGACAUCAACUCUAACACAGAGGCAGACCCGGCUUCUUCCCACCUUAAUGUUGUGGACAUCAACUCUAACACAGAGGCAGACCCGGCUUCUUCCCACCUUAAUGUUGUGGACAUCAACUCUAACACAGAGGCAGAGGCAGACCCGGCUUCUUCCAACCUGAAUGUUGUGGACAUCAACUCUAACACAGAGGCAGACCCGGCUUCUUCCCACCUGAAUGUUGUGGACAUCAACUCUAACACAGAGGCAGACCCGGCUUCUUCCCACCUUAAUGUUGUGGACAUCAACUCUAACACAGAGGCAGACCCGGCUUCUUCCAACCUGAAUGUUGUGGACAUCAACUCUAACACAGAGGCAGACCCGGCUUCUUCCCACCUUAAUGUUGUGGACAUCAACUCUAACACAGAGGCAGACCCGGCUUCUUCCAACCUGAAUGUUGUGGACAUCAACUCUAACACAGAGGCAGACCCGGCUUCUUCCCACCUUAAUGUUGUGGACAUCAACUCUAACACAGAGGCAGACCCGGCUUCUUCCCACCUUAAUGUUGUGGACAUCACCCCUAAUACAGAGGUAGAGCCCAUCUCUUCCCUCUUGGAGGUUGUGGACGUCAGACCUGAAGAAAGGACUCUCACGAUGGCCGUCUCCGCCACUCUGCCAGCUGACAUCCAAGCAGAGGAUGUUGCUGUGGUCAUCCCGGAUGUCACCCCACACGUCACCAAGGAUGUGACACUGGAUGUUCCAUGCAGAGCUAGGAAAGGGGCAGUCCUGCGAUUAUUUUGCAGGCUUUGGAGGGCAGUGUGCUGCUGCGCCUGCCACAAGGAAGAGGAGGAACAAUAUUAAUUAUUCAUCACACCUGCAGAAAUGGGAUUGAACCAUAGACCAUUAAAUUAUUAAAUUAUAAUUGGACUCAAUUCUGCUUUUCUUCUGUUUACUACUUAAUUUCAGAAAAUGUCUAUAAACUUUCACUUUGCAAGUGUGGAGUAGGUUGUGUAAA